AUGGCCUCAUUGGCCACGCUCGCAACGAGUUCACCGGUCGAUGGUCCUGCCACGGUCGCGGAGCGUGCAGUCGUCCGCAAGACUCAGAACCAAUUCCAGCUUCAGGUCAGCUCGUUCGACUUCUCUGAUGAUCUCGAAUUAGGCUUUACGUUGCACUACGAUUGGUUUGAUGGCGUCUACGACAAGCUUCUCUCCUGUAUCGAUACUUCGACCAAUGCAAAGUGUGGCGGAUCAUCAGUUGGCAAUAUUUGCGCUGCCUUCAACUGCCACACCGACUGGACCAUCACCCCUGUCAACAACGCCCCCCUCACGAUACGCUUCCACCAUCUCGUCAGUGGCAAAGUCACUGGUUGGACGCUCCUCAGCGGCACCGUUGGCAAAGACCACGCCAAGAUCGACUUCAAAGAUCUCAAUGACAACACGAAUGGCGAGACUGUUCCUGAGGUCAAAGCUGGCUGUGACGGCCAAACUGGUAGCACGGCAUGCAUUUAG